UGGCUGCAGCCACUUCCCUUACCCACACUCUCUCUCUCUCUUGCCUCUUGCUCUCUCUCUCUCUCUCUCUCUCUCUCUCUCUCUCUCUCUCUCUCUGUCUCUCUCUCCUCUCUCGCCUCUCUCGCCCUCCAGCCGCUGACAGCCCAUUUUAUUGUCAAUCUCUGUCUCCUUCCCAGGGAUCUGAGAAUUGCUCUCACACACCGAGCCGCCAGCGUCCGCGGAGAAAACUCCUCACGAGCAACUCUUCUAAAAAAACACCGUCAUUUCAAACCGUUGUGGUCUUUAAGCAACAACAGGGAGGGGGGAGAAAGAAAGAAAGAAAACAAACAAACAAAGCCAAAAGCAACAAAACCAAAAAAAAAAAAACCAAAAAAAAAAAAAAAAAAAAACAACCAAACAAAACUCUUGACAGGAGCUUUGGGCAACGACGAGAGAGAGAGAGCGAGAGAGAGAGAGAGAGAAAGAGAGAGAGAGGAGACAGGAUGCCUCUUAAAGGCAGAAGACUUUAACUAGGGACGAGCAGAUGUGUGAGACCUUCUAUUCUAAGAGUGGACGUAUAUCCCAGUUUUCAGAGCCCCAUAUUCGAGCCCCGUGGGAGCCGGAGGCCGCCAACCAGAGCCAGCAUGCAGAACAGUCACAGCGGAGUGAAUCAGCUUGGUGGCGUUUUUGUCAACGGGCGGCCGCUGCCGGACUCCACCCGGCAGAAGAUCGUAGAGCUCGCCCACAGCGGGGCCCGGCCGUGCGACAUUUCCCGAAUUCUGCAGACCCAUGCAGAUGCAAAAGUCCAAGUGCUGGACAAUGAAAACGUGUCCAACGGAUGUGUGAGUAAAAUUCUGGGCAGGUAUUACGAGACUGGCUCCAUCAGGCCCCGGGCGAUCGGAGGGAGUAAGCCCCGCGUGGCCACUCCGGAAGUUGUAAGCAAAAUAGCCCAGUAUAAACGAGAGUGCCCGUCCAUCUUUGCUUGGGAAAUCCGAGACAGAUUAUUAUCGGAGGGGGUCUGUACCAACGACAACAUACCCAGUGUGUCAUCAAUAAACAGAGUUCUUCGCAACCUGGCUAGCGAAAAGCAACAGAUGGGCGCAGACGGCAUGUAUGAUAAACUAAGGAUGUUAAACGGGCAGACCGGAAGCUGGGGCACCCGGCCUGGUUGGUAUCCCGGGACUUCAGUACCAGGGCAACCCACGCAAGAUGGCUGCCAGCAGCAGGAAGGAGGGGGAGAGAACACCAACUCCAUCAGUUCCAAUGGAGAAGACUCAGAUGAGGCUCAAAUGCGACUUCAGCUGAAGCGGAAGCUGCAAAGAAACAGAACAUCUUUUACCCAAGAGCAGAUUGAGGCCCUGGAGAAAGAGUUUGAGAGGACCCAUUAUCCAGAUGUGUUUGCCCGGGAAAGACUAGCAGCCAAAAUAGAUCUACCUGAAGCAAGAAUACAGGUGUGGUUUUCUAACCGAAGGGCCAAAUGGAGAAGAGAAGAAAAACUGAGAAACCAGAGAAGACAGGCUAGCAACACCCCUAGUCACAUUCCCAUCAGCAGCAGCUUCAGCACCAGUGUCUACCAGCCGAUUCCACAGCCCACCACGCCCGUUUCCUCCUUCACAUCAGGCUCUAUGUUGGGCCGAACAGACACCGCCCUCACCAACACGUACAGUGCUCUGCCACCCAUGCCCAGCUUUACCAUGGCAAACAACCUGCCUAUGCAACCCCCAGUCCCCAGCCAGACCUCCUCGUACUCCUGCAUGCUGCCCACCAGCCCUUCGGUGAAUGGGCGGAGUUAUGAUACCUACACCCCUCCACACAUGCAAACACACAUGAAUAGUCAGCCCAUGGGCACCUCGGGGACCACUUCAACAGGACUCAUUUCCCCUGGAGUGUCAGUUCCCGUCCAAGUUCCCGGAAGUGAACCUGACAUGUCUCAGUAUUGGCCCCGAUUACAAUAAAGAGAGAGAGAGUGUGAUCGAGAAAGGAAACUGUGUUCACUCAGUCAGUGACUAUGUGGAUACAACAGUGAGUGUUCAUGAAAGAAAGAGAAAUGGCUGUUAGAGGCACUUCACUUUGCAACUGUGUCCUGUAUUGGAGCCCGGGAAUGGACUAGAAACAAGGACCUUUGCAUACAGAAGGCACGGCAUCAGUUGGAACAAAUCUUCAUUUUGGUAUCCAAACUUUUAUUCAUUUUGGUGUAUUAUUUGUAAAUGGGCAUUUGUAUGUUAUAAUGAAGAAAAAAAAAACACAGGCCGGUGGAUCUUGGAUCUGUGUUGGCUUAUGUGGUUGUUUAAAGGAAACCAUGAUCUACAAGAUUUGCCAUGGAUUUAAGAGUUUUAUCAAGAUAUAUCGAAUACUUCUACCCAUCUGUUCAUAGCUUAUGGACCGAUGUUCCAAGUUUGUAUCAUUCCUUUGCAUAUAAUUAAACAUGGAACAACACAAACUAGAUAUAUGUAAGAAAUAUCUGUUGGUUUUCCAAAGGUUGUUAACAGAUGAAGUUUAUGUGCAAAAAAGGGUAAGAUAUAAAUUCAAGGAGAAGUUGAUAGCUAAAAGGUAGAGUGUGUCUUCGAUAUAAUCCAAUUUGUUUUAUGUCAAAAUGUAAGUAUUUGUCUUCCCUAGAAAUCCUCAGAAUGAUUUCUAUAAUAAAGUUAAUUUCAUUUAUAUUUGACAAGAAUACUCUAUAGAUGUUUUAUACACAUUUUCAUGCAAUCAUUUGUUUCUUUCUUGGCCAGCAAAAGUUAAUUGUUCUUAGAUAUAGCUGUAUUACUGUUCACAGUCCAAUCAUUUUGUGCAUCUAGAGUUCAUUCCUAAUCAAUUAAAAGUGCUUGCAAGAGUUUUAAACCUAAGUGUUUUGCAGUUGUUCACAAAUACAUAUCAAAAUUAACCAUUGUUGAUUGUAAAAA